UUUGGCCACUUAGAUCCGACCCUCCUGAUCUAGCCCGAGUUUACACAGCUUCCCCAGAGGCCGAACUACACUUGGCCACCCUUUCCUUAAAGAACCUUUUCCUGUAUGGGUCCCCGUCCGGGUCAACUGGCGUUCUCCGCAGAGGCCAAAACGUUCGGGCUUUCAGCUCGCGACACCCGCCUCGGCCAGGCUGGCGCCGGCGCGGGGCGUCACCAUAGAGAGGCAGUCACCUCUCUGGUCUCGGCUUACACUCUCUAUGGUCAGACCGGGUCGGCUUCGGUGAGGGGAAGGGAGAGGUAGUGCGCAGGCGCCCUCGGCUUUUUUUUUUAAGCCCCGCACCGAGCGUGUAACCUCAUUGGGGUGGAGGAGAAGGCGGUGGCCGUCUGGUGCGCAGCGGCAACAGUCGUGAAUAACACGGCCAAUGGACUGCUGAAGUAUGAAGGUUUUCAGACCUGAUAGUAUAGCAUCACUCUGCCGCUUACUCCUUUAUCUUCUUCUAGUUAUUUAAAUUGGACUUUUAAUAUCCUACCAGCUGCUCUUCAGACACACAUGGUGCAUUGUUGCCAUUCCCUGGAUUGCAUUUUUGAAACACAGACUCUUAGUAACCUUCUCCAAACAAAGAGAUAACCUCCAGGAUCCAUAUACCAGAAGGGAGUCAUCCUGACUGCCCUCUAGCUUUUGCUGGAUCUGGAUUUGAAUUCCACCAUGGAGCCUCGCAUGGAGUCCUGCUUGGCACAAGUGUUGCAGAAGGAUGUGGGGAAACGACUGCAGGUUGGCCAAGAACUUAUAGAUUAUUUCUCAGACAAACAGAAGUCAGCUGACCUUGAGCAUGACCAGACCAUGUUAGAUAAACUUGUGGAUGGACUCGCUACCUCUUGGGUGAACUCUAGCAACUACAAGGUAGUACUUCUGGGCAUGGACAUCCUUUCCGCGCUGGUGACCCGGCUGCAGGAUCGGUUCAAGGCGCAGAUUGGCACAGUGCUGCCAAGUUUAAUAGACAGACUGGGAGAUGCUAAAGACUCUGUGAGGGAGCAAGACCAAACUCUGCUGCUAAAGAUCAUGGAUCAAGCUGCCAAUCCCCAGUACGUAUGGGACAGAAUGCUUGGAGGCUUCAAACACAAGAACUUCCGCACGCGAGAAGGCAUCUGUCUCUGCCUUAUUGCAACACUCAAUGCCUCUGGAGCGCAUACUUUAACACUAAGCAAGAUCGUGCCACAUAUAUGUAACUUACUUGGCGAUCCAAACAGCCAGGUUCGAGAUGCAGCAAUAAACAGCUUAGUGGAAAUUUACAGACAUGUAGGAGAACGCGUGAGGGCAGAUCUCAGUAAAAAAGGAUUGCCACAGUCCCGGUUGAAUGUAAUUUUUACAAAAUUUGAUGAAGUCCAAAAAUCUGGAAACAUGAUCCAAUCUGCAAACGAUAAAAAUUUUGAUGAUGAAGAUUCUGUGGAUGGUAAUAGACCUUCCUCUGCCAGUUCUACGUCAUCCAAAGCUCCACCAAGCUCACGAAGAAAUGUUGGAAUGGGAACCACCCGCCGACUUGGGUCAUCCACUCUUGGGUCUAAGUCUUCAGCUGCGAAAGAAGGAGCUGGUGCUGUUGAUGAAGAGGACUUUAUUAGAGCGUUUGAUGAUGUACCUGUAGUACAGAUUUAUUCUGCCCGAGACCUUGAGGAAUCCAUAAACAAAAUUAGGGAAAUACUCUCUGAUGACAAGCAUGACUGGGAGCAAAGAGUAAAUGCUCUAAAAAAGAUUCGAUCUUUACUUUUGGCUGGUGCUGCUGAAUAUGAUAACUUCUUUCAACAUUUGCGUCUCUUGGAUGGAGCCUUUAAACUAUCUGCUAAGGACCUGCGGUCUCAGGUAGUGCGGGAGGCUUGUAUCACGUUGGGGCAUCUGUCAUCAGUUCUGGGGAACAAAUUUGACCAUGGAGCAGAAGCCAUCAUGCCAACUAUCUUUAAUUUAAUUCCAAACAGUGCCAAAAUUAUGGCCACAUCUGGUGUUGUAGCUGUGAGGUUAAUCAUUCGUCACACACACAUCCCUAGGCUAAUACCUGUCAUAACAAGCAACUGUACCUCCAAGUCUGUCGCAGUUAGAAGGCGCUGCUUUGAAUUUUUAGAUUUACUUUUACAAGAAUGGCAGACACAUUCGCUGGAACGGCACAUAUCAGUGUUAGCCGAAACGAUAAAGAAGGGAAUUCACGAUGCUGAUUCUGAAGCAAGGAUAGAAGCCAGAAAAUGCUACUGGGGUUUCCACAGUCACUUCAGCAGAGAAGCAGAGCACUUAUACCAUACCUUGGAGUCCUCCUACCAGAAAGCCCUGCAGUCCCAUCUGAAGAACUCGGACAGCAUAGUGUCUCUGCCUCAGUCAGAUCGCUCCUCUUCUAGCUCUCAAGAGAGUCUGAACCGGCCCCUAACUGCAAAAAGAAGUCCUACUGGAAGCAGCACAUCUAGAGCUUCUACAGUUAGUACCAAAUCUAUGUCAACAACUGGGUCCCUCCAGCGGUCUCGAAGUGAUAUUGAUGUGAACGCAGCAGCCAGUGCCAAAUCCAAAGUCUCCUCGUCUUCCGGUGUCACGCCCUUCAGCUCCGCAGCAGCUUUGCCUCCAGGAUCAUAUGCGUCCUUAGGUCGAAUCCGCACAAGACGACAGAGCUCUGGGAGCGCCACCAGUGUUUCCUCUACGCCCUCUGAUAGUCGGGGCCGCAGCCGUGCUAAAGUGGUUUCUCAGUCCCAGCCUGGCAGCCGGUCAAGCUCCCCAGGGAAAUUGCUGGGAAGUGGUUACAGUGGACUUUCUGGGGGGCCCUCAAGAGGCCCACCUGUGACACCCUCUUCAGAAAAACGAAGCAAGAUUCCUAGGAGUCAGGGAUGUAGCCGAGAAACAAGCCCAAAUCGAAUAGGAUUAGCACGGAGCAGCCGUAUCCCUCGACCCAGCAUGAGUCAGGGGUGCAGCCGCGAUACCAGCCGUGAGAGCAGCCGAGAUACAAGCCCUGCUCGGGGCUUCCCUCCACUUGACCGAUUUGGGCUUGGCCAGCCAGGAAGAAUCCCUGGUUCUGUGAAUGCCAUGAGGGUUUUGAGCAGCAGUACAGACCUGGAAGCUGCGGUUGCUGAUGCUUUGCUGUUAGGAGACUCCAGGAGCAAGAAGAAGCCUGUGAGGAGGAGAUACGAACCCUAUGGAAUGUAUUCUGAUGACGAUGCCAACAGUGAUGCUUCGAGCGUCUGCUCUGAGCGCUCGUACGGCUCCAGAAACGGUGGUAUUCCCCACUACCUGCGGCAGACCGAGGAUGUGGCUGAAGUGCUCAACCACUGUGCAAGUUCAAACUGGUCAGAAAGGAAAGAAGGGCUUCUCGGCCUGCAGAACUUACUGAAGAGCCAAAGAACACUGAGUCGAGUAGAACUGAAAAGGUUGUGUGAGAUCUUCACCCGGAUGUUUGCGGACCCUCAUAGCAAGGUUUUCAGUAUGUUUCUGGAGACUCUGGUGGAUUUUAUAAUAAUCCAUAAGGACGACUUGCAAGACUGGCUCUUUGUCCUUCUCACACAAUUACUUAAGAAGAUGGGUGCAGAUUUACUUGGAUCCGUGCAAGCAAAGGUUCAGAAGGCACUGGAUAUAACAAGGGAUUCCUUUCCAUUUGAUCAACAAUUUAACAUUUUGAUGAGAUUUAUUGUGGAUCAAACUCAGACUCCAAAUCUCAAGGUCAAAGUUGCAAUCCUAAAAUACAUUGAGUCUCUGGCCAGGCAAAUGGAUCCAACAGAUUUUAUAAACUCUAGUGAGACAAGGCUUGCUGUUUCUAGAAUUAUAACCUGGACAACAGAACCAAAGAGUUCAGACGUGAGAAAGGCAGCGCAAAUUGUGCUCAUCUCUCUGUUUGAAUUGAACACUCCUGAAUUUACCAUGUUAAUUGGUGCCUUGCCAAAAACAUUCCAGGAUGGUGCCACCAAACUCCUGCAUAACCACCUCAAGAAUUCCAGCAACACCAGUGUGGGCUCUCCAAGCAAUACUAUUGGCCGGACUUCCUCCAGACAUACCAGCAGCAGGACCAGCCCCCUGACCUCACCCACCAACUGUUCCCAUGGGGGCCUGUCUCCAAGCAUGCUGGACUAUGAUACAGAGAACCUGAACUCUGAAGAAAUCUAUAGUUCUCUGCGUGGAGUUACAGAAGCCAUCGAAAAGUUUAGUUUUCGAAGCCAAGAAGACCUGAAUGAGCCAAUUAAGCGAGAUGGAAAAAAGGACUGUGACAGUGUGUCACGCGAGGGAGGAGUUGCCUCCCCCGCCACUGAGGGCCGAGGAGGCAGUGAGGUGGUGGAGGGCAGCCGGACAGCGCUGGACAACAAGACCUCCCUCCUCAACACCCAGCCUCCGCGGGCCUUCCCUGGACCACGAAUGCGAGAGUACAAUCCCUAUCCCUACUCAGACACAAUCAACACCUAUGAUAAGACUGCCCUGAAGGAGGCCGUGUUUGACGACGACAUGGAGCAGCUGCGAGAUGUACCCAUUGACCAUUCUGACCUGGUGGCGGACCUUCUGAAAGAGUUGUCUAACCACAACGAGCGGGUGGAGGAGCGGAAAGGAGCGCUGCUGGAGCUGCUCAAGAUCACCCGGGAAGACAACCUGGGGGUCUGGGAGGAGCACUUCAAAACCAUCCUGCUUCUGCUGCUGGAGACCCUUGGAGACAAAGAUCAUUCGAUCCGAGCACUGGCAUUGAGAGUCUUACGGGAAAUCCUGAGAAACCAGCCAGCAAGAUUUAAAAACUAUGCCGAGCUGACGAUCAUGAAAACUCUGGAAGCCCACAAAGAUUCUCAUAAGGAGGUGGUGAGAGCUGCUGAGGAGGCUGCGUCCACACUGGCCAGCUCCAUCCACCCUGAGCAGUGCAUCAAAGUGCUGUGCCCCAUCAUCCAGACGGCCGACUACCCCAUCAACCUCGCUGCCAUCAAGAUGCAGACCAAAGUCGUUGAGAGGAUCGCCAAGGAGUCCCUGCUGCAGCUGCUCCCCGACAUCAUCCCAGGCCUGCUGCAGGGUUAUGACAACACUGAAAGUAGUGUGCGUAAGGCCAGUGUGUUUUGCUUGGUGGCCAUUUAUUCCGUAAUCGGAGAAGACCUGAAACCUCACCUCGCACAGCUCACGGGGAGUAAGAUGAAGCUGUUAAACUUGUAUAUAAAGAGGGCCCAGACCACCAACAGCAACAGCAGCUCCUCCUCCGACGUUUCCACACACAGCUAACGGCAGCGCCAGGCCUCUGUGAAGACCUGGAAGCCAUCAGUGGUCCCUUUUAAGACCUCUUCUCACCCCUCAGUGACUGCCCAGUCAGUACCAGGAGGCCCGCAAAUAUUUAUUACAAUCAGUAUUUUGGUCCCUUCCAGCUUUUGUGUAGAAUCUUACUGGUAUUGAAUGUAAAGAAGCAAGGCCUGUGUUGCAGCCUUCAUCAGAACAAAAAGAGUAAGAACAGAGCCAGCCUCGGAUGCGUUACCCAGUGCAGCCGGCUGAGGCGGCGUGCGGGUGCAGCUGCUCACGCUCAGCCUGGAGCUGACACUUGGUAGAAAGUAGUGUUUUCUCUUCAGUUAUUAACAAAUGCAGGUGUUAAUUUGGGUCUUUUCUUUCUUCGUGUUGUUUCUUUACAAGUGUGGCCUGUGUGGAGGAGAGACCUGUCCUUUCACAGCUGGCACCAUGAAGAGGUUGUAUGUCUUAAAGUUGAAUUUUGAAAACUGCUAGAAAUGUCAGUCAGGCCUUGGCAAGAGGUGGAGAAGAGCCUGAAGAUGGCCUUUUAUCAAAUACUGGGAGUUUCGCUUUUAUCUCCAGACUGGAGGCAGACUGCCCUAACCUUCAGCUCUGAAUGCCAAGGGCAAGCUCCACAGUCUCCAUCCAGGGUAGGUUCCCCAUCCCCUCUGAGUGGUCCCUGCCAAGGGCUUCCACUCAAAAGAAUUCUUAGAGUUUAAAUCCAAACACAGAAAUCAAGGUAAAUUAUAGCAUCAUCUGGUGGAUGCCUAAAAUAGUAUUUCACCAACUAUAUACGAUAUCAGAAAAGCUGUUUAUCUUACUGCUAAGAAAUAACUAUUUUAACAGUGAUUUCUCCAGUGACCCAUCAGUACUCGAAGGGUACUUGGUGAUUAGGAUUUAGGGCCAUCUUUUUUUCUCCCCUAAGCUUUGCCUAAACUCUUCAAUUCUAAAAUGUCCUCAGGUCAUCUGGUAAAUGGCAAAUUUACCACCUCAGAUUUUGACUUCUUUUAAAUUUAGAAUUAAGAUUGAAGAAAGGUCUAGAGAGCCCAUGUGUCAGAAUCAUUAUUCUGUUUUAUAAUCUGAAGUUCUUCCUUGAUUUCUGUUGAAAUGAAUAGUCAGUGUUUAAGGACAAGGGUAAUUAUGAUGAAUAGCAGAUUGCAAAAAAAAAAAAAAAAAAAGAUUUGAAACUUAAUUUUAAAGUCUGUUUCUUUCUCUUCAGAGAGAAACCACCAGGCCCCUUUUUUCCUAACCUUGUGAGGGUUUCAUUGCUCCAGGAAAAGUGACCAGAUCUACAGUCUGAUUAGAUAACAGUUUUGGGUAAUAUUCUUAAAGCCACGUGGAAAUUCUUAACAUAAUCAUGGAGACUUCUAUUACCUUUUACUAUUCUAUUUUAGGUCCUCCAAGUUGAACUAGUUUUUCCUUAAGAAAAUGCCUGUUUUAACAUUGAUUCUUGAUGAGGUGUUUGCCAUUCGGCUGCAGAGUCCGCUGUGGCGGGCUGGACUGAGGAGCAGGGGUCACAGGUGACCCGCGGGGACACCUGACUGUGUAGUUCUCACCACUCUACCCUCUACCCCCGCUCCGACCCUUCAGAUUUUGUUGGAAGUUGGGAAGGACAUCGUAGCAAAUAUAGAACUCUUCUUUAUUCAGAGUUUAUUUGAGAUACUUUAUUUGGGAAUAUGCUCUGAAAGCGUGUGCCCCGUCAGGGCCGGGACAGGCGUAGCUGGGUGCCAGCACUAUAGCGUAGACCCUGUAGGAGGUGCCCACUGCCGCUUUUCAGGGGCCAUGGGGCAUCCGAAGUGCUUUAUUGUUGAUAUGCUCUUGACUUGUUUUUGGCUCAGAACAUAGCAGGACCAGGCCUUACUUUGGUGAUAAGUACUGUUUGUCAGUAUUGCAUUCAUGGGUUUUCUUUUUCAUGGUCUACAAGUGAAUCAAGGAGCCUUUUGGCCACCCCGCUGUUGUAGAAAUGUGCAUUCCAGUGAGGUUAUUUAUGCGUUCCUUUCAUCUGAUGUACCUGUUCCCUGACUCCUAGAAGGUACCCUUGCUCCACCAGUGUAGUUGGGAAGACCAGGCAUUGCCUCGUUUUCUCAUAGCACCUACAAAGGGCUAGCCUUGAAUGUCACUUGCCCAACCUUCAGCCUCCUGACCAGAGAGAUACAGUCACUUCUCAGGCCUCCUGGCCGAGAUCUGAAAAUGGCUGCCCACCGCGCCGCGGAGACGCUCGCAUGCCGCCGCCACCUCACAGGAAGGGAGGCUGCACCCCUGCUGCCCUCUCCAAAUCCUGACAGCCUCAGCUGCCUCGCCUUUACUGCUGCCUCCUGCAGGGCCCUGUCAUAUGAAACUUUCCACAGAAUCACCGAACAGCCAGGCACCCAAAAUUGUGUUCGCCUCUCCUGUUUACCUGACUGUCCAGGGUCUCACGCCUGCUCUACCCCUCUGCUAGGGGCUGGCUCACACGACUUCCUGCUUCCCUUCAGCUGCGCCAUCCCUUUCAGGCUGGGUGUGGGCAGCUGCCGCGCCGUCCCCGCAGGCAAAGCCCCGUGUGCCCCACUGGCACCACACUGGCCACAGGACAUCUGCCUUUUCUGUGACCGUCACUAGCUUCACAGUACUCUCUGCAGUGACGCAGCUGCAUUUUUGUCUCCUAAGCCCUUUUGUCCUUUCCCUGCUGCCUUUAUUUAUCAGGCGUACUAUCACACGUUAAAGGACAGCCAGUAAGAACUUUGUAGAACCCCAUCAGGACUUUGCUAACAAUAAUGUUUGGAAAUGAAAAAAGAAAUGCUCUGAAAAAUACCAGCCACCAAAAUAGUUCUGUUGGCACCAUGUUCACACGCAUGACCCCACACCUGGGUUGGUUUUUUGUUUCUUGUUUUGGCUUUUUCAUGUUAUAUCUGUAUCUGUAUUUAUAUCUUAUUUGUUUCACUCUCAAAUGUAUCAUGGCAAAUGUACAGUUUUUUUGUUAAUGUGCUAAAAUUUGCUAAAAGAGAAAAUCAGCGACAAAAAAAAGCCGUUUUGAGUUUGCCCUAGAAUAAAUGAAACUUACUUCA